AAAAUACAGCAUUUCAGUUAUGACUUUUAAUGUGAAAAAAGAGCUAAACAUAUAACUUAAAUAUUUUCAGGAUUCUGAUCAUUUUUGUUCAAUACAUGUUUCUUCCAUAGAAUGGAAUACAAAGAUAAUGCCUUCUGUUUGAAUUUAUGUUUAUCCUUAUGAUAGAGCUGGUAUCCUUAAUUUAAGAUUUUAACUGCAAUCCUAUCAACUCUGACUUAAAAAUUGGUUCAAGAGAACUCAGUGAGCUUAUAUUAAAAAAAGGAGUGCAUAAACUGAUGGCAUGAAAAUGUUCUAUUUGUAUAAAGUCAGGUAUAUGGGAAAAGAAUUAACCACUCAGUGAUUGGUAGCAUCAAGGAACCAAUGUAAUCAGCAUUACAUUUUGGUUUACUGAAAACUUGGAACAAACAUCUGAACCUGGUACUCAAGUAAAUGGCUGAACUUCCACCUGGGAUUCGUUUUAUCACUUCGUUUACAAAAGAUCAAUGGUAUAAGACUUUCACAUUUGUCUUGACUUUCAUGCUGUACGUUAGUUUUCAUUUAUCAAGGAAGCCAAUCAGUAUAGUUAAGGGAGAACUGCAUAAACACUGCACAACUCUUCAAAUUAGUGAGAGGGAUGCCUAUGAAGAACAUGCCAUCCACAUUCCAUCUUUUAAAACAUUACAUAAUGAUUCUCGCUGUGGAUGGGAACCUUUUGAUAAAAGCAACUACAAGCAGUUAUUAGGAGCCCUGGAUUAUUCAUUUCUAUGUGCUUAUGCUGUCGGAAUGUAUCUGAGUGGCAUAAUAGGGGAGUGUUUGCCUAUCCGAUACUAUCUCAGUGGUGGGAUGCUUGCCAGUGGAUUCUUCACUGCAUUAUUUGGAAUUGGCUAUUUCUGUAACAUACAUAAUUUGUGGUUCUACAUCAUUGCUCAGGUAGCUAAUGGAAUGGUACAAACUACUGGCUGGCCCAGUGUGGUCACCUGCAUUGGCAACUGGUUUGGAAAAGGAAGGAGAGGAUUGAUAAUGGGAUUAUGGAAUUCACACACUUCAGUCGGAAAUAUAUUAGGAUCCUUAAUAGCUGGCUACUGGGUAUCUACUUGCUGGGGUCUGUCUUUUGUGGUACCUGGCAUUAUAAUAUCCUUAAUGGGGAUUAUAUGCUACCUGUUUCUUAUUGAACAUCCUAAGGAUGUAAACGAUACAGUCAAAUCAUCAACUAAACGUUAUCUGAAAGGCUCAAGUAAAUUCAGGAUUUUGAAGCCAGCAGUAAGCAGUAAGGUAACAGAGACAUCUCAGGAUCCAGAAAUGCAUUGUCUGCUACCAAGCAAUGAGAAUUGCACAAAGCCACUGAAUCUUAAUGGAGGAUAUGAACACUUUGAAAAUGGAAAUGCUGCAAUAAGUUUCACUGGAGCUUUGCAAAUACCUGGAGUGGUAGAAUUCUCUCUCUGCCUAUUAUUUGCCAAAUUAGUCAGCUACACUUUUCUUUUCUGGCUUCCACUAUAUAUCACUAAUGUCG